AUGUGGACACUAGUGGCGUCUGUCGUGGUCGCAUGCUUUGUGCUCUCCAAGUGUGUAUCAUCCCAAACACUUUGCCAAAGCCUAACUGCUGACAGUGGGUCCUUCAGCAGUCAAAACUACCCAAACAACUACCCAAACGACCAUGACUGUCGAUACGAGAUCUCUGUAUCUUCUCCUAAAGUUAUAAAGCUUACCUUCACCGAUUUUGAAGUGGAGAACGACUUUGACCACGUGUACGUGUAUGAUGGAAACACAACUGAUUCAAAUUACCUGCUAGCUGAGCUAAACGGUGCAAAAAUUCCUGGUCCUGUUACUUCUACCGGGAGCUUCAUGACCGUUCGACUUGUCACCGAUAGCGAAGUGAAUUGGAAGGGAUUUCAGGCCAGCUAUGCAGCGGAAGAUAAAGUUCUUGCUAAAUGUGGGGUCGGCGAGUACCGGUGUGCCAACGGUGUGACCUGUAUAAACGCCUGGAAACGGUGUGACGGAAACAGCGACUGUACAGACAACAGUGAUGAGGAUGCAACAAACUGUGUUUGUGAACUUAUUCCAUCGUCCUUGACGAGGUGCAGAGGCCUUCACUACCGACGGAUGACCCUUCCCAACCCACUCAACUUCGACCACACCAAGGUCACCCAGGUUGAGAACUCAGCAGGGUUCAAUGAACUCAUGGCCCUUGCAGAUUUAGAUUGUCACCCCCGUGUGAGGGACCUCGUCUGUGCUACUAUUGUACCGCGCUGCAAGUCCAGACCAACCCACCGACAACUGCUUCCAUGUCGCUCUUGGUGUGAAGAAGUGAAGUCCUCGUGUGAACAUGAGAACGCCUGGUCAGCUUUUCCAAGCUGUGAGAUUUUCCCCCACACCAACUGUAACAACAUCGUGGCUUCAAAAACUCCGGAAAAUGAGGAGUGUUUCGAUGGAAAUGGUGCAAAUUACAGAGGAGACGAGGCAAGAGGGCCUGUAGCGGGGGUUGACUGUGAACGAUGGGACAGUGAUCCAAGGUACAUACAGUUGUAUCCAUGGGCAAACCUCGUGGAUAACAAAUGUCGCAACCCGGAAAAUGACACCAGACCAUGGUGCAUCACUCCAGGUGGAUUCGAGUACUGUGACAUCAUUCCUUGCAACGAUGGAAGUAGUUUUUCUACCUGGGCCCUACUGAUGGGAGACUUGACCAAGAAGCUGAAAGAUGAAGAGACAACAAAAUACACCAUUCGCAAGAACGCAACAGACAUCGAAGGAUAUAACAACGCUGCAAUGAAGACGGACGGCCAUGGCUCACCAAGUGGAGGAGACCCCAUCAUCAUCAUUAGGCCGGGGAUGCAAAAUGAGGUCGCAGCUACCCUGGGUGGGUUAAAAGAAAGCGUGGAUGACUUAAAGGUCAGUGUUAGCCAACUGUCUGGGAGCAUCGAUGGUCUGGCAAAGGCAAGUGGUGGUGAUGACGAAGAAGAAGUUGGGGAGUAUGCUUUGUUGGCCAGUGUGUUAGACAGGCUGAGUUUGGUCAUUUAUGUCAUCGCCAUUGUUGUGGCCGUUCCAUGCACUCUGCUUAUUGGUCGACCACACAUUAUCCCUGAAUAA